GAUGCUUUAACUGUAUCUCAAUGUUCUGUGCCUCAAAACUUUGAUUUUUAGCAGAUAUUAAAAACCAAAAAUUUUAUUAUAGUGUGUAACAAGUCAGAAACACUCAGCAUAUAAUUUUGCAAGGUAAAAUAAAAUUGAAAAAAUGACGGUCCGAUCCAAUCAAAUUCUUGAGCCCCAAGAAUGUUUGGAUAUCAUACAGAAAAAAUUGAAUCAAAACUCGAUGGAAGAUUUCUCUUUAAUAAAAUAUGAAAUUGUUUCCGUCGGAAAAGCUAAUGGAUAUUUGGGACAGUAUUUUUAUCUCAAAGCUUCAGUUGCGCGCCCAGAGUCACCAACAGAUAGGAGAAACAUAACAUUUUUCAUAAAGCUUCGCCCACCAAAAGGAACAAAACAAUAUGAUGUUGUCUGCAACAGUGGAAUGUUCAACAGAGAAGUGCGUCUUUAUACCAAAUUGUUUCCUGAAAUUUUAGACCAAAGUGAUAGAGAAUAUGUACCAACUUGUUAUUUGGGCUUGGAAAAUGACAUUUUAGUGCUGGAGGACGUUGUUUCAAAGGGAUUUGGAACGUUAAAAGAUAGAUUAGGAACACUUGACCUAGAUCACUGCAAUGUUGUGAUGCAAAAUUUGGGAAGGUUUCAUGCAAAAUCUGUAAUAUUUGAGGAAAGAAACAAGACAAAUUUAAUGAAUUUUUGUCGAGCGAAAAAGAUUGUUAUUCGGUCGUAUGAUGGACCCCCACCUUCAGUUUUUACGAUUGGAGUUAAAUGUGCUCUAUCUGUUCUUGACCUCUUAUCCGAAUUAGAUUCGUUGACUCGCGAUAAAUUCAAGGCUUUUGUGAAUGAAAUUCAAAGCAAAAUACACAAAAUGCUUGUACCUUCUGCAAAAAAAAGAAAUGUACAAUUACACGGUGAUUUGUGGACUAAUAAUAUAAUGUUCAAAUACAGAGAAGAUGGCAAACCACUCCAAUGUUAUUUUUUAGAUUUUCAGAAUACGAGGUACGCACCGCCAGCUUACGACAUAUGGCUAUUUUUAUAUUACUCUACAACAAGAGAAAUUAGAUCUGCACAUAAUGAAACAUUCUUUAAAACCUAUUAUAAUUCUAUGGAAAAAUCCUUAAAGGAAGUUGAUAUUGAGAUUGCAAAACUAUUUUCGUGGAACGAUUUUAUAGAGUCGCUUGAAGAAUUCAAGGUCUUCGGUCUGCUGCGAGCAAUUAUUUCUAUUCCGAUUGCAUUGUCUGAAUUAGAAACAAAAAAUCAAGGAUCGAUAUCUACAUCACAAGUUUGGGCCAAUGUUUCAGAUGAUACUUCUUCAUUUUAUUCUAAACAAUUGAAGGAAAAUGAGGGGUUUCGAAAAAGGGUGUUAGAUAUUUUUUUAGAACUUCAUGAUUUUGUGUAAAUUUGUUUUUGUAUAGAUUCCAAAUACUGCAUUUCAUUGACAAAGAGAUUAUGUAUUUUUUAACUAUAUUGUGUUGUAAUAUAAAUGCCUUAAAUAUUUUAAUUAACUUUGUAAGGUAAAUCUUUCAGAGUUAUGGUUCUCAAGUUCAAAAAGAAUUCGAAGUUUAAAUAAAUUAACGUGGACGUCUUUCGCUUUAGAAGUUUUGUAUUUCAAUACAGAUUUUAUUAUUUU